UCUUUCUUCUGUCGGCGGGUCGGAAGAAGCGGAACGAUUUGUCCACGCUGUCCGGGGGGAGAACGUAGAAGCCGAGGCGCCUCCGCAGCAGCAGCAGCAGCAGCGGUACAUACCUGCCGGGGUGGCAUGUGAUAGCCAGCAAGCGUCCGCCCUCUUUCUUUUAUCUGUACGCGAAGGAAGGAACCGGGAAGCGGUUCGACUUUCACCGGGGAUAAGGAGCGCUCCGGUCGUUGCCGGUCUCCCGACGAGCCGCCGAGAUGGAGCCACUAUGCGGACCAGGGAGCCCCUUCUGGGAAGCCAAUCAGACGUUCCACACAGAGCGGCCCGACCUCACAGAGUGUUUCCAGCUGUCUGUCUUAUCAUGGCUGCCGUGCAUCUACCUGUGGUUCGUGUGCCCGUUCUACCUCUUCUAUCUCAAGAGGAACAACAGGGGCUACAUCAUGAUGUCCAUUAUGAACCGGUUCAAAACGGUGUUUGGCUUGUUGUUAUGGAUAGUGUGUUGGACAGAUCUCUUCUACACAUUCCACGAAAUGGGGCUGGGGGACGUCCGACCGCCCAUCUACUUUGUCACCCCGCUGGUUCUUGGCAUGACCAUGCUUCUGGCCACGUUUCUGAUCCAGUUUGAGAGGUUACGUGGGGUUCAGUCCUCGGGGGUCCUCUUCAUCUUCUGGUUCCUGUCUGUGUUGUGUGCCAUUGUGCCUUUCCGCUCCAAGAUCCUACAGGCCUCCAGCCAGAGUGAGGUGCAAGACAAGCUGCGAUUCACCACGUUCUACUUGUACUUCAGUCUGGCGCUGUGCGAGUUCAUCCUCUGCUGCUUCAAUGAGAAACCUCCUCUCUUCUCCAGUGUCGUCACAGACCCUAACCCCUGCCCUGAAGCCACAGCAGGUUUUCUCUCCUCCAUGACAUUUUGGUGGUUCACAAGUAUGGCUAUUAAAGGCUACAAAAUGCCCCUAGAGGCCAAAGACCUGUGGUCUCUGAACAAGCGCGACAGCUCCAAGGUGAUGGUCCCUAAUCUCCUCAGAGAGUGGGAGAAGGAGCUGGCCAAAGCCAAGAGCGAACCGCAUCUGUCCACCCAGGCUGUGUACUCCAAGCCCCUGCCGUCGAGCACCAACCAUAUCAAAGGAGGAGGAGGAGGAGGAGGUGGAGGAGGUGAAAGUAGCCCAGAGGAAGUAGAGGUGCUGCUGUCCAAUCAGAAAGCUGCUGCCCAUACACCGUCCUUUCUGCGUUCCCUCAUCAGAGCCUUCGGACCCUACUUUAUGAUAGGCUCAGCCUACAAGCUCAUGCAGGAUAUUGUCACCUUCGUCAACCCUCAGCUGCUUAGGAUGUUGAUCAAAUUCACAAAAGAGAAGGGUGUUCCUGAUUGGUGGGGUUACGCACUGGCCUUCCUCAUGUUCUUCACAGCUAUCCUGCAGACUCUCAUUCUUCACCAUCACUUUCAGUACUGUUUUGUCACCGGCAUGAAUGUACGCACAGCUAUCAUAGGAGCAAUCUACAGGAAGUCUCUGGUGAUAACUAACGCCGCCAAGCGUUCAACUACAGUGGGAGAGGUAGUCAACCUGAUGUCUGUGGACGCACAGAGGUUCAUGGACCUCACCACCUUCCUCAACAUGUUGUGGUCGGCUCCUCUUCAGAUUAUGCUGGCACUUUAUUUCCUGUGGCAGAACCUCGGUCCGUCUGUGCUGGCUGGGGUAGCUGUCAUGAUCAUGCUGAUCCCAUUAAACGCUGUCAUCGCUAUGAAGACCCGGGCCUACCAGGUGGAGCAAAUGCAGUACAAGGACUCACGUAUCAAGCUGAUGAACGAGAUCCUAAACGGCAUAAAAGUUCUAAAGCUGUACGCCUGGGAGAACUCCUUCAGAGACAAGGUCCUGGACAUUCGGCAGAAGGAGCUCAACACUUUGCGCAAAACAGCCUACCUGGGAGCGCUGUCCACCAUGGCCUGGACCAGCGCACCUUUCCUGGUUGCCUUGACGACGUUUGCUGUUUAUGUGAAUGUGGAUGAGAAAAACAUCCUGGACGCAGAGAAGGCCUUUGUGUCACUCGCGCUCUUCAACAUCCUCAGGUUUCCUCUCAACAUGCUUCCCCAGGUCAUCAGCAGCAUGGUGCAGACCAGUGUCUCACUGAAGCGGAUCCAAAAUUUCCUGAGUCAUGAUGAGCUGGACCCAAAUUCAGUAGACCGAAAGAACAACUCCACAGAAUUCUCAGUGACAGUUGUAAAUGGAAAGUUCACCUGGAGUAAAGAAGAUCUUCCUGUUCUGCAGAACAUCAAUGUGAUGGUGCCCCAGGGCUCCCUGCUGGCAGUGGUGGGCCACGUUGGUUGUGGGAAAUCCUCCCUGAUCUCUGCGUUGCUGGGAGAAAUGGAGAAACUGGAGGGAGAGAUUUCUAUUCGGGGAUCAGUGGCGUACGUACCGCAGCAGGCCUGGAUACAGAACGCCACCCUGCGUGACAACAUCCUGUUUGGCAUAGCCUACAAUGAGCAGAAGUACCGCUGCGUACUGGAAGCCUGUGCUUUGACCCCUGACCUCGAGGUGUUGCCUGGAGGAGACAUGACUGAGAUAGGAGAGAAGGGGAUCAACCUCUCCGGUGGCCAGAGGCAGAGGGUGAGCCUGGCCCGAGCCCUGUACAGUGACGCUGAUGUCUACCUGCUGGACGACCCGCUGUCCGCUGUGGACGCCCACGUUGCCAAACACAUCUUUGACAACCUCAUCGGUCCAGAGGGGGCACUGAAGGGCAAGACACGCAUCUUGGUGACCCACGGCAUCAGCUUCCUGCCUCAGGUGGAUAACAUAAUGGUGAUAGUGGAGGGUCGGGUGUCAGAGAUGGGCUCCUACCAGGAGCUGCUCACACAGAACGGGGCCUUCGCAGAGUUUCUGAGGACCUACGCCCUGGAUGAUAUGGUUGAGGAGGACCAGGCCCUUGAAGAGUUAAUUGAAGAUGAGGAGUUGUUCCCUGAUGAUGCCCUUAGCAACCACACAGACAUGGUGGACAACGAGCCAGUGGUCAAUGAAACUAAGAGAAAUUUCAUAAGGCAGAUCAGCGUAAUUUCAUCAGAUGGGGAGAACCCCAGGUGUCGCUCAGUGAGAAGACAGGGCUGCAGCCAGAGGAAAUCCCCAGAGCCACAAGAGAAGAAGAAACCACUUGAGAUGGAGAAACUCAUCCAGUCAGAGACUUCAGCAACCGGCAGGGUGAAAACAAAAGUGUACCUGGAGUAUGCCAAGGCCGUGGGACCCCUACUGUCAGUGUUCAUCUGUUUCCUGUACGGCUGUCAGAGUGCAUGCGCCAUCGGAGCAAACAUCUGGCUCAGCCAGUGGACUAAUGAUGCUUCAACAAAUCAGACUGAGGAGAAUGCAGUUAUGAGGGUGGGGGUGUAUGCAGCAUUGGGCACUGGACAAGGUGUCCUGGUCCUGAUGUCUUCCUUCACUCUUGCCAUGGGGAACAUUGGGGCAGCCCGGAAGCUGCACAGUGACCUGCUCACCAACAAACUUCAAACGCCACAGUCUUUCUUUGAUACCACGCCUAUAGGACGCAUCAUCAACCGCUUCGCCAAGGACAUCUACGUGAUAGACGAGGCCCUUCCAUCCACUGUGCUCAUGUUCCUGGGCACCUUCUUCGUUUCUCUCUCCACAAUGAUAGUUAUCAUUUCCAGCACACCCAUCUUUGCUGUUGUCAUAGCGCCCCUGACUUUCAUAUACGUCUUUGUCCAGAGAUUUUACGUUGCCACAUCCCGGCAGCUAAAGCGCUUGGAGUCGGUCAGCCGCUCUCCCAUAUACUCCCAUUUCUCUGAGACCAUCACUGGCUCUAGUGUAAUCCGAGCCUAUGGCAGACACUCUGCCUUUGUUCUGAUGAGUGAUCUGAAAGUGGAUGAGAACCAAAAGAGUUACUUCCCUGGUAUAGUGUCCAACAGGUGGCUCGGGGUGCGUAUUGAGUUCAUUGGGAACUGCAUAGUGUUGUUUGCUGCUGUGUUUGCUGUGACUGGUAAGGAGAACCUGAAUCCCGGCCUCGUGGGUCUGUCGGUGUCAUACGCUCUGCAGGUGACCAUGUCUCUGAACUGGAUGGUGCGAAUGACUUCAGAUCUGGAAAACAACAUAGUAGCGGUUGAGAGAGUGAAGGAGUACUCUGAAACCAAGACAGAGGCCCCCUGGGAGGUGGAGGACAAGAAGCCCCCUCCUGACUGGCCCAGGGAGGGGAACGUGCAUUUCCAGGACUACAGCGUUCGGUACAGAGAGGGACUGGACCUCGUCCUGAAGAACCUGACGCUCAGCGUCAAGGGAGGAGAGAAGAUUGGCAUUGUGGGUCGUACAGGAGCCGGCAAGUCUUCCAUGACGCUCUGCCUCUUCAGAAUACUGGAAGCUGCAGGAGGAGAGAUUACCAUCGACGACGUGAAGAUCUCUGAAAUAGGUCUGCAUGACCUGAGGUCCAAACUCACCAUCAUUCCACAGGAGCCUGUUCUGUUCUCUGGCAGCCUGAGGAUGAACCUCGACCCCUUCGACAAGUGCACUGAUGAAGCGGUGUGGAAAGCUCUGGAGCAUUCUCACCUUGACAAGUUUGUCAGCAACGCGCCGGCAAAGCUGGAGCUGGAGUGUGCAGAGGGAGGAGAGAAUCUCAGUGUGGGCCAGAGGCAGCUGGUGUGUUUGGCCCGGGCUCUCCUGAGGAAGACGAGGAUCCUCGUCCUGGAUGAGGCUACAGCUGCUAUCGACCUGGAGACGGAUGAUCUGAUUCAGUCCACCAUAAGGACUCAGUUCGAAGACUGCACCGUCUUUACCAUCGCACACAGGCUCAACACAAUCAUGGAUUACACAAGAGUGUUGGUGUUGGACAAGGGACAGGUCGCAGAGUUUGACACUCCCGCAAACCUGCUGUCUCAGAAAGGAAUCUUCUACAGCAUGGCUAAAGACGCGGGACUGGUGCUGUAGAGGCGCCUUUUCAUCCCAAUGUUACAAAGCAGGGUCGAGGACCGGCUCAGUUCUCGUCAGUCAGACUCUGAAGUUCGACCCUGGCAGUUGAACUGAACAGUACCUGUUUGUGUGUGUUUUGUAUGUUUUCAGGGCACUAACUGCUGGUUUUUACGAAGCCUGAACUCCUUUGCAAACGUGGAUCAGUUAGCAGUUGCAGUCAUUUAGAUAGUGUUUGUCUGAACCCACAUCAGGACUAUUACACAUGACCGUCAUCAGUUUCUGGAACUGCAUUGUGGGACAUACACCAACCAUUGGAAAAAAAAAAAAAAAAAGCCAUAAGUGCAAGUACUAGUUGAUCCAGGUCUGCUCUUUAGUGCCUUCUGCCAGAGGGAUGAAGAAAGCCAGUGAAUGUAUAUCGUUUUUCUAAUCAGCUGUCGGCUGCAAAACAAAAAGGAGGAACUUUUUUAUUUUAUUUUUUCUACAAGAAACAUGCUGUGCCACUGUAUCUUUCCUCAUCCAAAAAACACACGUUUUUGUGAUACACCCACUUAUUUUUGUACUGUACCUUUUAUUUAAGCCACUUUUAAAGAGUUUUCUGAUCUAGGGAGUUCAGUUAAGUAUGUGAUUCAUCUGUGAACCAAAUCUAUAAAGACUUGAAUUCUAUACCACCAAAAUAUAAAAUAUGAUGAUGCCUUUAUUAAAAAAAAAAGGAAGAAAA